AACGAAAGAGUAGGGUCACUUGACAACACAGAGGAAUAAACAUGAACCAUUACCACUUUCUAAUUCAUGAACGAAUUCAACGGGCAGCUCCAAAGCAUGAAGAAUGUUUCCGGCUGACUGAUUAAAAAGGACGGAGGAUGGAAAGAUAUCGGAAGGCAAUUUGAGGGUGUCCGAAAUUUUAAGUGGUGCUGAUUAGGGUUAAGAUUUAAGUUGAGUUUGUGGAUUGGGUCACGGCUACAAAGAGAUUAGAACUCGAGGAGACGAUGACUUCAUGAGAUUGAUCGUCGAGUGAGCUGCGGAAGGGUGAGAAGAAUGGCAGAUUCAGCUCUGUUAUCGGAGAUUCAGCUUCUGUCGUUGAGUUCGACUUCUUCGUCGACCUCUACCUCCAGACAGGAUGCGAAUGAGAACGACAAUGUGGACCUUACGGAGAAGGCAAGAGCUGCAGUGUAUGCAGGGCCACCACGUCGUACAAUCGGCAACGACAACGCAAUUUUCGAUCACGACGACCCCAAGAUAAAGGAGGAUGUCAUCCGAAUGAUAGUCCAGUAUCUUCAGGAUGAGGGUUACGUUGCGUCUAUCAUGACCAUACAGGACGAAACGAGUGUGCGCUUCGCCGAAAGUUUGCGCAACCGAUCACAUUUCAAGCGUAUCAAGGCGGCUAUUUUAGAUGGCGAAUGGGUUGAGAUGGAGAAGUUGGUGCAAAAGACUCCUUUGAAAGAUCACAAACACUUUAUUUAUGCUGUCUACAAGCAGCAGUACCUCGAGCUGAUUGAGCAGCUGGAGUAUCAGAAGGCCUUUGCAUUAUUAACCAAGAAGUUAAAGCCGUUGGAGCAAAUGGGAAGUUUGCACAACGAGUUUAAGGACUUGUGCUACCUCCUGACCUGCAAAUCCAUCCAGGAUGCAGCUUUUUUCAAGACUUGGGAGGGUGUUGCGAGUUCCCGAGAAAAACUCGUGGAUCAGUUUUCUUCUAUGCUAGAGAUUGAAAAUAACGAUAUUGCAGUUGCAAGGCAUGAAGUGCAACCACAGAGGCUGCUACAUUUGCUGAAACAGGCAGUGCGUUACCAAAUUGAGUUCAGUAGAUACCAUCCAAAAGUUGUGCCUAGCGUUCCCACAUUGCUGGAGGAUUAUUCAUGCUUUGUUCUUCCCAAUGCGCACAAGACCACAUUUCGUGGUCAUCGUAGCAAUGUCAAGUGUGUGGAAUUUGUUGGAGAAGAGGGCACACAAAUUGUUUCAGGCUCAAGUGACAAUACUUUGAGAGUAUGGGACGUCGAAGAUGGUCGAUGCGUACGAGUUUUGGGUGACGGAGAGCUUGGUAGUGGAGGAGGUCAUACAUCCCGAAUUUGGGAUGUAACUUCGAGUAGUAGUGGUGACUUUAUUGCAAGUGCAUCUGGUGAUUCUACUGUUAAGUUUUGGAACUUGCGAGGUUCAAACAAAACCCCAUGCUCAGCAACUCUGGCUGGUCACGAGGGUGACGUCUACAGUGUCAAGUACCAUCAAUCCAAUAAUUACGUAGUGACAGGUGGAUAUGACAAGACUGUGAAGCUGUGGGAUGCUCGGACUGGUGUAUUGUUGCGCACAUUCAGUGGACACAAAUCAUCUGUCUCUCGUGUUAUUUUUAAUCCUUUGGGGAACCUCGUCAUUAGUGGGUCAAAGGAUAGCACACUCAAGUUUUGGGAUCUAGUGAGUGGAGUCUGUGUGAAGACUUACAGCUCUCAUUUGGGAGAGGUAACAUCAGUUGAAAUGAACAAGGCUGGUAGUUUCCUCUUGAGCGGGUCCAAGGAUAACUCCAAUCGGCUUUGGGAUGUGCGACUGGCACGACCUAUCAGAAGGUUCAAGGGUCAUCAAAAUACGAGUAAAAACUUCGUGCGGGCAAGUUUUGGACCUGAUGAGUCUCUGGUUGUUGGCGGUUCUGAGGAUGGCUUUGUAUACAUUUGGGAUACAGCAACGGGGGAGAUACUUCAGAGGCUAGGCAGUCACAGCCCUGAGAGCCACACUGAUAUUGCCUACCGAGCUGUCUGGAAUGCUCAUCAAAGUCUUCUCGUGAGCUGUUCGCAUGAUUGCACUGUGAAGACCUGGUGGUAUGAUGAACAGCAGAUGUGGGAUCAGGAUGAUGACAUCUAAUUUCGGUGCACCUCUUUUUCUUAAACACUUGAGAACUUGACCUCCUGAAACAGAGAUUUAAUAGCAGUUUUGGUGGUGUGAAGUUUUACUUCCGUGUCGGUGAAUGGUCAUGAACCUAAGUUAUGCAUCCUCGAAUCUACUGUCCAAACAUUUGUGAACUCUAUGAACGCUGAUUCGUGUCUUGGGCCAAAAUAUUGGAUCCUAAUCAUGUCUGUAACCACACGGAUCUGUGGAUUAUUAAUUUCUAAGAGUAUGAUAAACUAUGAAAUGUUUAUCUCCAUCAGAAAAGGAACCUAUUGAACUUA